UUCUCAUCUGAACCGCAAAGGUCAAAGUUUAUCAAAUGCCAAUUUUAAUAAGAGACUCGGCGCGUAAUCUCCAAUAUUCAUUCUUCAUUUGGUGUCCCACUUGAUGUAAACCAGGACAAGAUAUUUCUUAACAUAAUUUAAGCGAAGAAUUUAAAAAUACAAUAAUUUUGAGACGCAAACCGUGGAAAAUGAGGAAAUGGAUUUUGCUUCUCGCAAUUUGCUGCAGUUUUUCUGCUUUUGCCCGUUCCAAGAAAAUUACCUUGAAUGAAUGCUGGAAUUACGGAAAAAACGCAUCCAUUCCUCCAGGCCGAUCCCCAGUUUUCAGAUUUGGAGAUACAGAAAAUCUGAGUUUUGAGGACUGCGGGCGACUGAGCAACCCACGCGAUUCCAACAAGUUCCCUCCGUGGCGUGUUUACCUCAGAAUCGAGGGCAAAAGUUACGUUUACAAUGCUGAUCUUAUCUCGGACCAAACGCUGAUCAUUCCAUCAACCGAAUCGACGCAAUUGUUAUAUGAAUUCGAGGAAGGAAAGAAUAUUCAAAUAUUAGCCGGAGAUUGUACCAACAAAAAUGACCAGGAAAAGUGCUUCGCGGGACGAGGUCUUAUCAGCCAAAAGUUGCUGGACUUCAAGGUAGUGCAAUUCAACUACGGAAUGUCAAUAUUCCAAAUUCACGUUUGGCGGACCGAAAAAUUGAAACUGGCGCCGAGCCUGAGGCCCGUGUGCUUGUGGAAUCGAGACAAGAGCAUUGACGCCGAGCAAACCUUCUACUUGGACUCUUAUUACGACGUCAACGGGAUGACAAAAGCAAGUGUUCUACCUGAGGCGACGUGCUACACUGACAGCGGGAGAAACAUUUCCGAAUGGGAAUGCAACCUUUACGGCAACGCAAUCUGCACACAACCUUCCUCUUCAACAAUGCUGUACGUGGAACGCAACAAUCGAUUCUACGUGCGCGCCUCGGUGCCUUUCACGUAUGGAACGCGAACCCAACUUUGGCACGACAUUCUUCCUUUCACCAAUCAGAUCGUCCUGGCGUCCCAAGACCUCGCCGUGUUUCCGCAGAUUCCCGAACCGAAGCCGAAAAUAGAUUUCGGGUCAGGGCAGAGUUUUGCCGGAUGCGGACCAAAGUCAAAACAACAACCUUGGCUCGCUCGUCUGUCACGAAAAGAUCAUUCUUGCGAAGCGACGCUAAUUUCCAGCAAGGUUCUCGUCACAGCGGCGAACUGUCUUUUUAAUUCCAACGGAGAUAAAAUUGAGGCUGUCGACUUGAUCAUUGAACUUGGCCCGAACAAAGAGAAUCAUUCGGUUUCGUCUGUGGUGGUGCAUCCCGGCUACAACCACAGCACGGGUGGUGUCAAGGACGACGUCGCCCUUGUCAUUUUGAAAGAGGAAGUCGCUUUGGCGCCGAUUUGCCUGUGGAACUCGGACUACGACCUCAAGGAAAUCGCCGGAAGGACGGGCUCGGUUGGCAAGAGUGAGGGUUUGAAGGUGGUUUCCUACGCCGAGUGCUACGAAAGCAACAGGCACUUCUUUUCGCGCAACCUGCGACCCCUGGAAAACUUCUGCGCUGCUUUUCCUCAAAAUCGAAGCGGCGCGUGCGAGGGAGAAAACAGGGGCGGAUUCGUGGUUGAGAAUCAAGACCGAUUCUUCUUGCGUGGCGUCGCGACUGGACAGAAUUGCGACCCCAAACUCUUCACCGACCUGACCUACUUUGUCAAGUGGAUCGUCGAAAACACGCCGGACAUCGUUGUGUAGAAUUUUUGCCAUGCAAAAGAAAAUAAAAAGCUUUAGUCUUGGGUUAGCGUUUCAGAAGGAAAACGUUCACAUUUACAAAAAAAAACCUAUUUCGGCGAUCAAAAUAAUGACAUAUCCAAAUCAAUUGAAUUUGUUAAAAUCUUCAUAGAAAUUCAACUCUAGAAAAUUUGCAGCAUUUUUUAUUCAAAAAAUUCUUUGAAAACUUUUGAUAGUGAUGCAAAUUUUAGAUAAAAAAUAGUGAAAUUGCUCAGCUAAUGGAAUAUUUCACUAAAUUUAAGUUGUUUGAUGGGUUUUACAACUUUUAUUUUAGCCCAUAUAAAACACACCUAGGCAUUUCUCAUUUUGAACGUAUGCAACUGACGGCGCAGGUGAGUCACGCGGUUUGCCUACUUUUGAACCUCGUUCUUGCAUAAUUUUUUAAGGAUAAUAAUAAUCAGCCCGAUUGACAAUUAAAAUCUGUUGAUGAUUUCACGCUCGUCAUCCCUCGUAGUACCGAUUGCUCUUUGAAUUUGGACUUUUUCUUCUCAAAGAAAAGUGAAGAAAGGGUUUAAAACAAUCAAUUCUAAAGAAGCAAGGGGCAAAAAAAGCUAAUAAAAUUCAUAAACUAAUACAACAUUUUCCAAGUUUGAUUGAAUUUUAAUUUUCCACCUGACCAUUUUGAAAAAAUUCGCUUACGCAUUGAAAUUAUAGAGAGCAGGAAAGAACAGGAAACGUGAUGGAAUUUCAAGGAUGAGGAAGGUCUCAUGCCGGCAUUCAACAUUGUCCAUCAACAAACAUCUUUUUACAACAAAAACUAUUUUCUAAAUUUAUAUAGAAAAUGGCGAUGCGUAUACUAAAGGACGCCACAAUUAAUAAUUUGCCAUGCUCUAUAAAAUAAGAAUUCUGGUUUUUUGU